AUGGAGCUGCUGAUUAGGCAGAAGCUGUCUGAUGCUGAGAAUUACCAAGACACAGAAGCUUUACAAGGCACUUAUGAGCUGAUAAAAUCUGCUAGUGAAGGAAAAUCAGCCCUUGAUUCCUCAGAAAGUUUCUGCUCUGACUUGUAUGUUUUGUGUGCAGAACAAGCACUUCAGAUGGGGUUUCUGGAAAUGAGCAGUGAUUGUCUACAAAUGUAUUUUAAAGGAAGACCUCCAGAUAACCAGUUUUUGGGUAGAGCAUACUUGUGUCAGAGCCAAUUAUAUACUCCCGUGUCUACUGAUAACUUGGAACAAUUUGAAAAAUUUGUUACGAGCCUGGUGAAAGCAGUAGACUUUGCAUUAGGUGAUUCAAGGUACUAUUUUUUGAUAUAUAAUGCUUCAGUUAUUUACUGGAGGAUUAUAAGGCCAUUUUUAAAACCCGGGUUCCAGAAUUUUCUGAUUCCAGGCCUGUCUCGAAUUGUGUCUGCACUGCAUCAUGCUGAUGACCAAGACAAGGAUUGGACAGCAGAACUCAUGAUAGAGUUGCUGGAAUGUUUCCUGGAUGCUUCCAGAUUUGAGGAUGCCAAGACAUUUUUGUCUACUGCGGAAGAAUUCAUUAAACAAAAUGUUCCAGAGAGAUAUAAAACAAUACUUUCACUAAUGGUGCGUCACAAACUAGUAGACCCUGUAGAUCUAAAAGAUUAUAUUGAAGAUUCGGUCAAUCUGAUGAUCAUUUAUAAAAUCCAGACAAUUAAAGCAGAGUUGGAUGCCAAUGAGAUUCCAGAAGCCGCUGGUGCAGAGUUGACUCAUAUAUAUGACUUUUUGAAGGAGAAUAGAAAGAAACUAAGUGCUAAUGAAAAAUUUUCUUUGCUGAUGGAAUUGGCUCGUCUCUCUUUGAGAUUAGGCUGUGUACCUGUAGCAUUUUCAUGUCUAUCUGAUUUACAGAAGUUUAAGAUUAAAGACCAAGGAAAACAAAUUGAAUUAGAAUGCUUGGAAUGUGACUAUGAAGUUCAAAAACUUGGGGAUAAAAUUACAACUUAUUCUAAAAGUGUUGUUGAGGCUCAACUAAAAGUAAUACAGAAACUGGAUCUAAUUUUGAUUCGUGCAAUUCGUCUUAAAGAUUCAAAUGUUAUUCAGGCAGUCUGUGCUACUCAGUGGAAUCUCUGUUUACCAUUGCUGCAACACAACUUGCAACAACAUGUACGAAAAUCAUUGCUUGCUAUUGCUGAGAUCCUGGAAAAGAUUGACAGCAUGCUGGUUCUAUUACGAUGUCAAAUUCAUAUGGAAAUUGCUCACAUUGAAGAAAAGGGAGACAGAUUUGAGGCUGCCAUGGAACAUUUGCAAAAAGCCAUCUAUCUUGAUAACAACGGGCAGUAUAGUGAAUAUCUUAAAAUGACAUUCCAUCGACUUAAUUUAAACACCAUUUUAUACAAGUCCCCAGAACGUGCAGAAGACCAAGCAAGUUUGAUGGUUGAACAGGCGAAGAAAGGUACACCAAAAGAUAGUGUGAGGAAAAAAAGGUCUUUGUUGGUGAAUGCAGGCCUCGCACUGGCUCCUGAAGCAUUUCAAAUUGUCCUGGAUAGUGAAAACGAAGCUAAAGUUGCCUCAAGUAAAAGUAAGGGUCAAAUCAGUUACCUCUGUGCAAAAGCUGAGCAUCAUAGCAGAAGUGUGCAGAAAGCAGAAGGACACUUGAAGCGAAUGCGAAAUGAGAAUGACAAAGAAAGAAUCAGACUCUGGUCAGAAAUAGCAAAAACAGCACGGAAACAAAGUGUAUGGGAUGUGUGUCGAGCUGCAUGUAGAUUCUGUCUCUUAUAUGAUGAAAGCCAAAUGAAAAAGGAGUCAAAGCGCAAAAAAGUAGUCAAGAAGAAAAGUGUGACAGAGGAUGAGCCAGAAGAGAACAUACACGCAGAAUCACUCUUGCCCACUAAAGUAUUCUCUUUGGAAAGAGAUUUACUCAGAACAUUAGCAGAAAUAAGAUUCAUUAAUGCAGAGGCUACUGUUCAUUUGCUAAGAAUGGAAGGCAUCCAACUCAACGAUCGUGCUGUCCUCCCUGGAGAUGCAGGCCAGCACUCAACAGGACAUCCUGUGCAACUUGAACACGACUCAGAAUGGAUUACCUACAGCACUUGGAUCAAUGGCUUGUCUCAAUAUGCCAUGGAAAACUUUAUGCGUGCUGCCAGAAUUGGAGAAGAAUUAAAUGAAGCGUGGAUUGUACACAACGCUGUGGUAUAUGUUUUAAAUCACAAUAAGCAUCUGAUUGCUUCAGGAAGACAGAAAGAAAUUGUGGAUUCCCUGCAGAUUCUUUUUAGCACAAUUAAAAAUACUGGGCACUGUGGGAACACAACUCUUUUAGUGACCUUAUGUAAUGCUCUGGCUCGGGGCCUAAUUCUUCCUUGGAUUCCGAAACCAGUUUUGAAAACUGAUGAAAAGAAAGUUACGGAAGAAGGACCUACAAAACGUAAAAAGCUUCAAAAAGUACAUGAAAAAACAGUUGCCAUGUCAUCUUUGUCUGUGGAUUCAUCAGGGUUCCCUGACAUUAAAGCAGCCUUAGAGGUGUGUGAAUUUGCUAUGAAUUUGCCAAGUGGAAGUGAUGAACUGGUGCCUAUUGCUGUACGUCAACAGAUUUUUGCUACCUGGGUGAAAGCAAAACAGUUAGUUCAGCAUCACAUUGGGAGUCGGCAUGGAGCAGAAGAUGAGACUAAUGACGAAGGGCCAGGUUCCAUGACAAAACUUUUUAUUGGUCUGGAAAUGUAUUCAUGCAGUGGCUUGGGUCUCAUGGAGUUUACACUUCCCAAUUUGCCUCAGAUGUUCAAAAUGGCUUUGGAAUGCAAUUGGCCAGAUCCGCUUGUGGAACUUCAGACACUGACCAGACUUACACAUUUUGCACACACUGUCCAUGAACAUGAAUUAGUGAUGACAUGUUCUCAGAAGAUUUUGAAAUUAGGUGAUGAAUCACUGUACAACACAGAUGCCAAUAAACAAGGAAUGAAUGAUUACACGGUGAGACAAGAAAUGCUAAGUAUUGCUGCUUGUACGCGAGGGAAGAGUAUAAUGGAAAACUUGGCAGGAAAAAAACAAUUACGUUUAGUAGCAUCAAAAUCCUUUGUUAAAAGUGCAAGUUAUGCAGGAGCAGCAGGGAAUCUUGCUCUUGCAAUGAUAGCAAGUAGGCAUUUCUGGAACACAUGUUUACCUUUCAUUGGUUCUCCAAUAGACAGACAACAGCUUAAAAAGCCCACUGAAGUUAUUCUCAAAAACAUCAUUAAAGCAGCAGAAGCCAAAAAUAAGCAGGGAAAGGAAAGUUUGGUAUAUUUACAUCAGUGGCCUACAGCUGAAUUUCAAAGCAGCAGUUUGUCAGAUGGGCAUUUUUAUCCAGGUGCAGAUGAGGAUUUGACACUAAGGACAUUUCUGUAUGUGUUAUUAUUCCAAGUGUAUGCUGAUCAAAAUGAUUGGGAAGCCGGCCUUAAAGUGUUGGAUGAAGCUGUUCAGGUUCUCCCUCGAAGUAAACAGAGACUUCCAAUUUUUAAACAUAUGUUAUUGGUGAAGGCCAGACUUGGACGUAACUAUAUAAUGGAAAUUCAGAAAUUCAAAGAUGAAAGUGAGGACUACUUGUCCUAUAUGUGGCAUCGUUUGGCACUAGUGUCAUCAGACCUUGCAGGACAGUUGUCCUGUUACCAAAAUGGAAUUGAAGUUUUACAGAAAAGAGAAUUCGAAUUAAAGAAAGUUGAUAAUUUGCUAGAAUUUGCAGAAUGGCUGUACUGCAACCAGUUUCCUCUUAGUGGAGUCAUUAAGCACGUGGAUUGGGCCAUGGAUAUUUUGCUGCAUCUGAAACCUAUCACAAAGAACCUUGAUGGUGAAGGUACAAGUAACGAAAUUACAGUCGGAGAUUUAAGAAACAUAAAACAGUUAGAAGCUUUGAUUAGAGCUCAUACAUUAAUGGCUGUCAUUACUGGCCAUGGUUCACCUUCUCAUGAGCAGCACUGUUUGAUGGCGUACGCUUUUGUGAUUCGCAUAUGGCAGACUUCAUCAACAAGUCCUCCUAGAAAAGACAAACUCUCUAAAGAUGUCAAACAGGUGCAGUCACUCACAAAAGAGAAGCCUAAACGGAAAGGACCAAUAGAAGCUUUACCAGCAAGUGUGGAGGAAUGGGCUAGCUAUGACUGCCCAGAUGAAAUUAGGGAUGCUUUCAAACAGGACUCAAGUAGCUUUGCUCUGAGCAGCUGCAACAUCUUAGUUCCUGCACGUACCUUAUAUUACCUAGACCUGUUAGUUAAGGAGCUGCAGACAAUUUUGUGUAUUCACUUAACUCUUCCGGUUCUCCAUCUGGCUGAGGUGAUCGCUCAUGAUGUCAUAGAAAGCAAAAGUGUUUCAGAUCUCUACCAUCUUCGAAUCGCUGUUUUAUCCUUAGAUUUAAAAUUGUAUCAGGCAUCAAGUUAUCAUGAGAAGGCAGUGGGUGAAGUAUUCAUUAAUGAAGUAGAACAAGGAAGGUUCAGGCAAGAGAUUGCACUGAAAAAGGAGAAAGAAAUGCAGACUAAACAGGCAGAAAAUAAAUUAUUUGUCUGCACACAGCCAGUUGAUAUGGGUCAACGUAAAAAACUAGUUACAUCAAAAGAGCAGGUCUUGGAAGUAAAUAGUUUGACUGGCAAAGGCAUAAGUGGCCUUUCUUUUCCAUACUUGUGGAUGGACAAAGCUGAAGUCCUAAUCCAACUGUGCUUAUAUCAGCAAGCAAGACUUCUGCUUUCAGAAGCACACCAAGCAAUCCAGGAAAUGAAUAACCCAUGUGCUGUAUCACGGUGCCUUUAUCUUCUAGCUACACUAGCUAACUUGGAGAAGAACCAUGGGCAAUCGAAAGCCUUGCUUGAGAAGGCAGAGAUGAUAGGAGGAAAUGGGCAUUUUUGGUACAAUAGCAGCUUGUGUUUCACGGAUGCAAUUUUAGGGGAUGAUAAGGAAAGAAAAGAGAAAAUGAUGCAAUCUUGCCAACUUUUGCAAAAAACUGUAAAUUUCAUGAGACCAUUAAUGGUGGAGAGACCUAACAGAGCAACUGUUCUAGGUGUAGUAAUUGCACAUCUAGAAGCCAGGGAAGCAUACAUUCAGAUAGAUUUUGUCCAGGGUUUAAUCAAUACCAGUCGUCAGUCUCCUGAGUUGGGGAAUUUACUGGAACCCUAUGAUAAACUGAUACAGAUUGAGAAGGACUUCCUUCAUUAUCGAUAUAAAGACUGUAGUGCUGAGACCUUGAUGGCACGUGCAGAUAUUCACAGGAUGCUUGGUAAACAUGCAUCAUACACUAUAGAUAAGCAGAGUCAUUACCUAGAUGCAUACAGAUUAGCUGAAGAAGCAACAUCCCAAGUGGAAGAGCUUUUUCGGCACAUUAAUAAUUUACUUCCAAUUAAUGAGACUAGAAAUAUUAAUACUCCAUUGAUGAGAAGACUUGCUAGCAUGAAGUUGAGCCUUGUGGAGAUCCUGAUGGACAUUCUAGUUCUUAUGAACAUUGAGAAAAAAAAGAAAGAAGCAGGAGAAGGACAAAUUGAGCAAAUCAUUGAGGACUUUGUAAGAUUUACGCCAGAGCCUGGUACUGUGGAGCAGGCAUGGCUAACCUUAAGCCAUACUAUUGCCCAUAAUAUCCAGGCUCAACUAACAAGUCUGCAGACUCUGUAUAUGGGCUGUCUUGAUAUCAAAGCCAAAUACCUCCAUCUCAGUGGGAGAUUUCUGCGUUUACUUGCUGACCGAACUCAUCCCUUCUCUUCAGAUAUUCUCUGGUGUGAAAAUGCCAUGAGCAGACAGACUUGGACCCAGAAAUACCUUUAUCAGUCAAGUGAGAUUUUGCUACAGUGCAUUAAUGUAGCAAUUAAUAAUAACCUUCAUAACAUCCUGGCUGCUGCUAGUUUGGAAAUGGUGGAGUGCUUUGGAAAAUUUGACCCAGUUUCAGCAAGUCAGUUUUUGGCCCUUUAUCAGAGCUGUUUGGCGUCAGUGAUGAUAAAAAAUAUCCUGCUGUCAGCUUCCUGGAAUACCAGCAGUUCACAACUGUCAGCAAUGUUGCAUCUGCAGCACCAUCUUCAACAAAGAGGAGAUACAACAAGCAAUCUCCUAAAAAGUGUGGAGCAGAGGUUAGCUGCUAUCUCAAAGGCGUGGGGAAACCUCUGCAUUUCUACACAGCACUUUAAUAUAAUGAAUGAAUUGCCACCACAUUUUCACAUAAUCAUUCUCCAGCAUUCAGAAGACAGAUCUCUCCUGUAUGGUGCAGUUCUUGAGAAAGUAAAGUUGACCAAUCCAAAGGAGCUGAGAGAACAGAAGGACAAGGGUGGGCAGCAGAAGGACAAGGGUGGGCAGCAGAAGGAGAAGAGUGGGCAGCAGAAGGAAAAGAGUGGGCAGCAAAAGGAAAAGGGUGGGCAACAAAAAGGAAAACCUACUCAACCUACAUUACAGGCUAAAAUUGCACGGUCCUCUGUAAAUCCUGAAGCAUUCUUCAAUUUGUUGGAGAAGGUAAAGUUUUUCAAACAGAAGAUGAAGAGACUUCUGAAGAACAUAUCACCAGAAAAGCUCGAGGAAGACAAAAAUGAGUUACAACAAGGACAGGAGCCACACAGCAAAUUAGAUAUGAGUGUAGGAGAAGAAAAUGAAUAUUGUACAUCAGAAUUCCAGGCUAUAUUGAAAGAUAUGGAAGAAUAUCUGAACCCUGUAUUGUCACAGUUUGAUUUCUCUGAGCUGAGGCAGCGAAGUCCAGCAGUUUCUCCAACUGAAUCAGUAAAAUCUAAAACUGCUGAUUCAGUCAGGCCCAAAUCUGCAGACUCAGGAAAGUCCAAAACAGGCAAAGGUACAAAAGGUGACUCAGGGAAAAAUAAAGUAAAUGAGUCAGGGAAACAAAAACCCAAAAAUAAGGAGAAAAAUAUUACAACUCAAGCUGGUACUCCAGACAUGGGAGAGUGCAUGAUAAUACUGGCAGACAAAUAUCUUAUGGAGCUGCCUUUGGAAGCCCUGAGUAUUUUUCAAGAAGAGGCAAUAAGUUCUGUGUCCAGAGAUUUUUCUCUCCAACUUUUAUAUAACCGCAUACAUAAAGAAGAAUCAGAAAAUGAAACGAAAAAGGAUGCAAAGAGUGCAAAAGAGUCAAAACAAAAAGGUGAUCAUAAGAAGGGCAAGCUGUUUUCAGUUAACCGUGUUCUGCCACCCAACUGCAUUUCAGUGGAUAUACAUAAUGUUAAAUAUGUUGUUGAUCCAUAUAAUGAUGCAGGAGAAACAGAUCCAGAAAGCCCUAUACAAGUGUUUAAGUCAAUCCAAGACAGAUAUGAACAAUAUACACUACGCUGGGAUGGAAUUCUUGGUAUUACACACGUUCCAAGUCAAGCCGAAUGGGAACACUUAUUGAGUAACUGCAGUGCGUUUCUGUUCUCGGGAAUGGAAAGACUCUUCGCUCAUAUUUUUUUGGACAGACUGACUGCUAUGAACAUCCCAGAAUGUCAGAUCAUGAUACUUUUAGAUCUUGCGCAUACAGUAGAAAGCUCUGCACGGGUGUCAAAUCUUUAUGAAGAUAAAAGUUCUUUGCGCCUGUCUCUGGAGAUGCCAACUGAGACAGCGAUCAUUCUGAGCCUUAUUGGAGUGCAUGCCAUCAUAGCCAAUCAAUGGUGUACUACCACGGGAGAGAAUGCAGCAAGACUAGAAAGAUUGUGUGAGAAUUUGUUAAAAGUAGGCAAAACAACUGGACAGACUAUUCGUGUUCUUCAGAGGAGUAAGACCACCGUUGAAGAGUCACUUAAAGUGGAGUUUCCUGAAGACAAGAAAGAAGAACAGAUGGAAGCAAAAAGCCCUGAUAGGCUAAGCUGUCCUGUGAUUCAACCAUCAAAGUUUAAUACUGUUUUGUAUGGGCUGCCUAACAUGAUGUUUAUGUAA